UUGGCCCAGCACCGAGAGAGGCAGAGGCAAAGCAAAGGCAAACAACGGGAGAUAGAUAGAUAGAGAGAGAGAGAGAGAGAGAGAAAGAGAGAGAGAGAGAGAGAGAGAGAGAGAGUUGGACCCCUGUGCUCUGCUCCAUCGAUCUGCAGAGGCGCACAGAGGAGCUUCCACCGGACACUAUUUCUUUUUUUCUCCCCGGGAAUGCUAAAAGUGGAUUCACUGUUAAGAACAUGCUAUUGGGAAAUUUGGUAGUGGUUGUGUUCUGUCUGUGGGGAACUGAUGUCACCAGAGCUUAUGUUUUUCAAGCCAGUAGACCUUCAGAGGGAGGAGACAACCCACAACCUCACAUUAGAGUCUCCUCAGAGUGGGUCAGCUCAGCAGGAUCCUGCAAGGGGAGGUGCUUUGAGCUGGAGGAGGUCAAACCUCCAGGAUGCAGAUGUGACAAUCUGUGUAAAACCUACUACAGCUGCUGCUCCGACUUCGACGAGCACUGCCUGAAAACAGCCGGAGGCUUCGAGUGCACACAGGAUCGCUGUGGGGAGGAAAGAAAUGGCGACCACGCCUGCCACUGCUCCGAGGACUGUCUGGAGAGAGGAGACUGCUGCUCCAACUACAAGUCUCUCUGCAAAGGUGAGACUUCGUGGGUCCAAGGAGACUGUGAGGAGAUCAAGAGUGCUGAAUGUCCUGCUGGCUUCAUCCGUCCUCCCCUCAUCAUGCUGUCGGUCGACGGGUUCAGAGCCUCCUACCUGAAGAAGGGCAAGUCUGUCACCCCCAACAUCCAUAAACUAAGAGAGUGUGGUACGUCAGCACCCUACAUGCGACCAGUCUACCCAUCAAAGACCUUCCCAAACUUAUACACUCUAGCCACAGGUCUGUACCCAGAGUCUCAUGGGAUCGUGGGGAACACCAUGCACGACCCGGUGUUUAACGCCACCUUCAGCCUGAGAACCAGAGAGAAACUGGAGCACCGCUGGUGGGGCGGACAGCCGAUCUGGGUCACAGCAGAGGAACAAGGAGUGAAAGCAGCCACUUUCUUCUGGCCUUGGGUGAUUCCUCUGGAGAGGAGGAUUCUGACCAUCCUGGGCUGGCUGCAUCUGCCUGCUGAUGUCAGACCGUAUGUUUACGCCGUCCACUCGGAGCAGCCGGACACCUUCGGACACCGACUGGGACCGCUCAGCAGUGAGCUGGAUAACCCUCUGAGGGAGAUCGAUAACAUCAUCGGCCAGCUGAUGAACGGUCUGAAACAAAUGAACCUGCAUCGCUGCAUCAACGUCAUCAUCGUAGGAGAUCACGGUAUGGAGGAGGCUCACUGUGACCGUACAGAGUUCCUCAGCAGCUACCCGCUCAACAUCGACGAGAUCACGCUGAUCCCCGGCUCGCUGGGCCGAAUACGACCCCGAGACCCCAAAUCCACCACCUAUGACCCAAAAGUUGUGGUUGCAAACCUCACUUGUAAAAUGCCGACUCAGCACUUCAAGCCGUACCUGAAGCAACAUUUACCCAAGAGGCUCCACUACGCCAACAACCGCAGGAUCGAGGACGUCCACCUGCUGAUGGAGAGGAAGUGGCACAUCGCCAGGAAAAUGCCAGAAAAGUUGAGGAGUCGAUGUGGUUUCUUUGGAGAUCAUGGUUUUGACAACAAGAUAACCAGCAUGAGGACCAUAUUCAUGGGUCAUGGACCGAGCUUCAAGUUCCAGAAAAAAGUACCAGAGUUUGAAAAUAUAGAAUUAUACAACGUCAUGUGUGACUUGUUGGGGCUGAAGCCGGCUCCUAACAACGGGACGUACGGCAGCCUGAAUGAAAUGCUGAAGGAUCCUCCGUUCCAGCCGAGCAUGGCGGAGGAAGUGGCGGCGCCGUCAGCGGCGUCCGACCCCGACGCCACCGUGAGCCACGACCUGGGCUGCAGCUGUGACGACGAGAACAAAGUGGAGGAGAUGAUCGAAGCCUUCAGUCCUCCAUCAGACGGAAGCUACAGCUACAAUAAUACCCACCUCCCGUUUGGUCGUCCAGCUGUGAUGUUUGACACUCAGUACAGUUUGCUUCAUCACGUGGAGUUCAUCAGCGGCUACAGCAAAGAGCUGGCCAUGCCUCUCUGGACCUCGUACACGCUGCCUCGACAGGAGGACAUCACUCCUGUCCCGGAGGUCUCUCCUGGAGCUAAGUGUAUCCGAGUGGACUCCAGAGUGUCAGCUGAUCACAGUCAGAGCUGCUCCACCUACAGCCAGAACAACCAGCUCACCUCCGGCUUCCUCUUCCCUCCAGAGCUGGCUUCGUCCUCAGAGUCCAGGUUUGACGCUUCUCUCAUCACCAACAUCGUCCCCAUGUACCCGGCCUUCAAGAGACUGUGGAGUUACCUGCAGGGGACGCUGUUGAGGCGCUACGCAGAGGAAAACAACGGGAUCAACGUUCUGGCGGGACCGAUCUUUGAUUUAAACUACGACGGACUCAGAGACACCACGGAGAAGAUAAAGGAGUUGUCGGCUGCCGCUCCGCCCGUCCCCUCCCACUUCUACACGGUGGUGACCAGCUGCCAGGAGCUGAACCAGACGGUGGAGGAGUGUGACGGAGCACUCAACGUCUUCUCCUUCCUCCUGCCACACAGAGCCGACAACAGCGAGGCCUGCAAUAGUGGCGAGGAAGAGUCUCACUGGGUGGAAGAGCUGCUGAAGUUCCACACGGCCCGAGUCCGAGACGUGGAGAUCCUGACGGGCCUGGACCUCUACCGCUCCACCAACCUCACCUACACCAGCACCCUCAGCCUCAAGACCUACCUGCACACCUUCGAGAGUGACGACUAGAGACACACAAACACACACACACACAAACACAAACACACAGACACACAACAUGUAGCCAUCCGUAGACGUCCGGCGCCGUGGUUCCACUCCUACGGAACCGCCAGAGAAGUUCUUGGAAAAGGGAACACACUUUUAUAAAAAUGGAAAAGAUUAGAAGAAUGGUUUGGCAAGUUUAUAAGAUUACAACAGGAAUAUUCAGUCACAUAAAGGACCAUUUUUAGCUCCGUAACUAUGAACAUUGUAUACUUUUUGUUCCUGCUCUCCAUCCAUUGCAUGCUAUAGAUUUCAAACGUUUUUUUGAAUGUGUCUUUUCUUAUUCAUAAAAGACUCUUGAAGCUUGCGUGACUUAAAUCCGGUUAUUUUUCUGUCAAAGUUCUCAAUGUGACGACUUGAUGCAGUAACCUGAGUUACUGAGUUUUCAUGCUGUGUGGAUAGAAAACCUAACUAACAUUACAUCACAUUACUAUAUACCAACAAAAGAGCCGCCAUUGUUGGCCAAAAAAAGAGAAAAAAUGUCAGAAUCGAGCCACAAACUUUAUUUUCAGCCUUAGGUCAUAAUGGGCAUUUCUUAAUGUGAUUUUGUCACAAUACAGCAACUCAAAACUAGACAAAGUUGGCAAAAUCCAAAAGUGGCAAAUCCAGGGAAAAAAAAGUGGCAAAUCUAAGAGAAAAAAGUAGCAGAUUUAUGAGAAAAAAGUGCCAAAUCUACGAGAAAAAUAAAUCAUAAUUCUGCUACUUUUUUCCCAUAGAUGUGCCACUUUUUUCUCAUAAAUCUGCUACUUUUUCUCGUAGAUUGGCAAUUUUUUUCUCAUAAAUCUGCUACUUUUUUCUCGUAGAUUUGCCACUUUUUUCCUCAUAAAUCUGAUACUUUUUUCCCGUAGAUUUGCCACUUUUUUCUCAUAAAUCUGCUACUUUUUCUCGUAGAUUGGCAAUUUUUCUCUCAUAAAUCUGCUACUUUUUUUCUCCUGGAUUUGCCACUUUUAUCUCAUAAAUUUGCAACUUAUUAGUAAGAAACAUUACCCCCACCCGCCGGGUCCGUAUUUUAUUUUAUUUUUUUUCAUACUUGGCCCUAAUAUGCCAUCGUAGUUUUGGGUUUCACAAGUUACAUUUCUUUUUUGGCUCAGGGUCAGCAUGUAUCCAGAGUUUGUAGUACUAAAUACAUAAGAACAAAACUGGAAACCUUUACCAUUAUUAAUAUUUCAUGAGUACUAGAAAUAGUUUACACACAUACAUAGAACACAAAUAUCCUGUUGCCCUUGAUAGGUUCAUGUCUAGUGUUUCUAAUGCAAACAAACUGCUGCCUCAACAAUAUAAAUGAAGCAAUAAAGUAAAAUAAAAAUAGUUUUAAGUAUGGAGGACUGGGCCUUCUGAUUGUUUUCUGAUGGACAAAAUAAGACAAUGUAAAUGGUAGAAAUGGAAGAUUUGCUUGCCAAAAUAUAAAAUGAAUUAAAUUAAAUAGGACAGAAGUAAAUUCCAAAAGAAAAAAGCAAGAAAUGGCAUUUACAUGAACAUAAAAUACACAAACACACACAUCAACUGCAACAAUUUCCUCUGUUUUCCACAUUCUCCUCCCUCUUUUCUGUCUUUACCUGAUCAUCUAGGUGUAUAUUUUUAUACAAUUUGUCAUAUUUAUUACAUAGCAUCAUAAUAAAUACAGCAGCCAGUGUUACAGUACUAAUCCAGUGUCAAAGAUCUGUCCUUGUUUAGUGGAAUAAGACAGAAUCACUGAUGUAAUGCUUUUUUUUUUCAAGGAGUUGACAAGACUGAUGCAACUUUAAAGGAAAAACCUUUUUUAACCCAUAGGAACCUAUGGUGACACCCGUGUAACAAACACUUUAAACUUUUUGGCUAAGUUUAAACCCAUUUAACAAUUCUAAUCCGUUAAUAGUUUGUCCUGUAUUGCAUUUAACUUGUUCGGACCAUAUUUCCUGAACAAAUUAAAGUCACAAUUUCGAUAUAUGUUAUGGAGAUGCAAACAAAAAGGCAAAUGGUUAUUUGUUUUUAAAAAAUCUGAAAAAAUAAUUUAUUGUUAAACAGCACUAUUAAUGUCACAAUUUUGAUUUAUGUUGUGGAGAUGCAGAGAAAAGGCAAAUUUGUGUUUCUGUAAGGAGAAAAUGUGUCUAGUUUUUAUUUUAUUUUGAAAUAAGAAAUAUAAACAUAAUUUUUUUUUUUUUAAACAUCAUAAAUGUGUUCUAUGUGGUCCACUUGGUCUGUGGUAUGUCCCCCAUCAUUUUCCUUUAAGGAUUACUGGGUCUGGGUUCUUAUGGGUUAAAAAACAACAAAAAACAACCUAGUUCUUCAUAGUUUUUUUUUUUAUAUCAUAGCAUUUGACUCUGCAGUGUUGUUGUGGAAAUGCAGUCAACUCUGUUUCUGACACACAUUUGAGCCGUCCAGUUUUAAAUCAGGUUUUUUAAAUUGAUUGUUAAAAAUAUGUAUCACCUUUUGCUGUGAAAAUCUGAGCAACAUGCCCAACUCUAGUAAGUCUGGUUGGUCAAACGCAGAAUUAAUAACACAUAAUAAAUAUUAUGGACUAGGGGUGUGACGAUAUUCUCAGCUCACGAGACGAGACGAGAUUUAAAAAAAAACUACAAUGACACAAUAUAUGACUGGACCAACAGACUUUUAUUUAACCGAGUUAUAUGCAUUUUGAGAUGUUUUAUGAUUAACUCUUUACAUGCAUGAUGUAAGCAUGAGCUUUUGAUAAACGUCUUCUUCCACAAAUUGAAACUGAAACUAAAAUUUAUAAAAGUUAAAAUAAGAUAAAUAAAAAAUAAAAGCCCCCAGAGGGAUUAAUGAGACUCCGGAGGUGACUUACGCUUUUCGAUCGUCGCUUAAUCGCUUAGCAACAGUUCCGACCGCGAACUGUGGCCGCUGUCGCUAACGGCACAACAUCAGCAGCUGAUCAAAACAAAGCAGCAUGGCUAAUUAUCAUAAACACAGCGAUUGUGUCCGGUGCUUGGUGUAAACAAACAGAGAUUGCUAAGUGAACACCUCCUGCAGCAGCAGCACAUACACACUGUACUGCUACAGAGCUAACUGUUAGCCUAUUAGCAUAAAAAAAACCUCGUUCUUACCCUUCUUAACGAGCCGCCGGCCCCUGCGACGUCAUUCUGGCUGCUUGCUGCUUCCCCUUCUCCUCCUCUUCUUCUUUUCCUUUUACUGCCCCCACUGGUCACAAAUAGAAGUUUGGAUAAUUCACAAAUCUUGCGAGAUCUUGUCACACCCCUAUUAUGGAUAUUAUAUUGGCCGUUAGAUAAACACCCAGCUUUUUGCAGAAUAUUCGACUGCAACUACAAAGAUAAAAACCAGGCUAUAAAAUGAGAUAUUUUUUCUUUUUAAUCAGCAUCAAAAGCCCAACAACACUGGUCUCACUCUCAGUUUGUCUCUUUAUUUGACUUCAUGCAUUUACAUGUUUAACUAUACACACAUAUAUAUAAAAGCAGCCAUAACCUGUAUUUUUUCAUGUUUGGUAUUUACUUUAGUAACAUUACACUGAUGAGUUAACACAGCUAUGUAUCAAGGUAAUCAGUAGAGCAGAGAAAAUAACCAAUAAAAAUGAUUGAACAGCUUACCGGACGGUAGACGAAGCCAUGUUUAUUCCUGUAGUCCUUCAAUAAAAGCUGUAGAU